AUGCUUACCGUAACCAAAUGUUGCCGCAUGUUCCUUGCUGCCAGCUUAGCUGCCUCCGUCUCUGCCUAUAAUGUUAUUGAAAACUGCAAACCUGGAUUUGUUGCCCUUACUUAUGAUGACGGCCCCAACGUCUACACAUCCGAUCUUAUCAAUUAUUUGAAUCAAAACAACGUUAAGGCUACCUUUUUUGUCAAUGGCGAUAAUUUUUUAGAUAUUGAAAGCAAUUAUGAAGCAAAAAAUGCUCUCAGAAGUGCUUAUGAGUCUGGUCAUCAAAUUGCCAGUCAUACCUGGUCGCACCAAGACUUAACAACCUUAUCCAAAACAAAAUUCGAUGAAGAAGUAUUCAAAUUAGAAAAUGCUAUUCAAGCAGUCAUUCAUGAAAAGCCUGCUUUUCUUCGACCGCCUUACGGUUCUAUAGAUUAUGAUACCGUCGAGAAACUUGAGUCUGAAAAUUACUCUGUAGUCCUCUGGUCAACAGACACCAAGGAUUAUGAUACACACGAUAUUGAAUCAGAAAUGGCUAAUAUUGAAGAAUCUGUAUCUUCUCUUGAUGAGGGUUAUAUUGUCCUCGCCCAUGAUGUUUUUGAACAAACAACUGGAGAGUUGACAAGAGAAAUGGUCCGAUAUUUCAAAGGAAGAGGCUUCAAGUUUGCAACCGUCGCUGAAUGCGUUGGCAAAUCUGCAUACAAGUAA